AUGAUCCGCAUGGCUUAUCGAGAGGGGAAUGAGCACCUUGAAAGAGCAGUCGAGGAAGGCAUGGAGCAGGCACUGGCAGCGCAGCUUCAAUUUAUGGAGCACAAUGGGCGUGCGCUCGAGGAUCUAGUGGCAAAGAUGAUGAAAGCACGAGAAGAACAGGAGGCUUUUCUGGGUACUUUCGCCCAAAGUCUUGAGGACAUAGCGGCUCAGGAAGAAUGUACCCCAUUGGCUCAGUGUCUCGAAAAUUUAGGCAAAUGCGGCCAGAUGCUUGCUAGAGAGAGCCAUGACGUCAUGAUGUUACGUCCUGAAACCGAGAUUCUACAAGUUCUAGCGCGAAUUCAAGAUUGGGCUAUUGUGCCCAUGAAGAGACUUCUCGAAGAUCGAGAGAAAGCUAUCAAGAUUGAAGCCAAGCUACAGAAAGAAUACAAUGAACUCAAACGAGGUAGCUCAGCAAGGGAGAAGGAAAAAAAGCUCAGAAUGCUGUCGGACCAAAAACGACGAGUUGAGAACGUCAAUGCGCUACUUGACUUACAUAUGGUGAGCUUUGACCGCUACCGCAUUCAAAAUAUGAAGAAAAUUGUCAGCGAGCUGGCUAGAUCACAGGCAUUUUACCAUGCAAAGGGUCUUGAGCUUUUCGGUGGCUCGUGUCAAAAUAUUGCGAACUUUCAAGCAGCGGAUACAGUUGAUAAAACAGCGCAAGCUAAUCCUGCAGAAGCAAGCUAG